AUGGGGACGCUGGUGGUGGGUGCUGAGCGCUAUGACGUGGUGGCCAUGGUGGGGAAAGGGACUUUCGGGGAGGUGACCCAGGGCUGGCGGAGGAGCACAGGGGAGAUGGUGGCCAUCAAGAUCCUGAAGAAUGAAGGCCACCACAGUCGGGUGGCAAAAUGCCUGCGGGAGGUGGACACGGAGGAGUCGCACGUCGUCCGUUUCCUCGAGUCCUUCGGUGAUGGCGCCUGUACCUACCUGGUCUUUGAGCUGCUGGAGCAAAACCUCUUUGACUUCCAAAAGCAGAACAACUUCUUGCCGUUGCCCGUCCGGCACAUCCGUACCAUCACGGCGCAGGUGCUGGCGGCCUUGGUCAAGCUGAAGGAGCUCUCCAUCAUCCACGCCGACCUCAAGCCAGAGAACAUCAUGCUGGUGGACCACGCUCGCUAUCCUUUCCGUGUCAAGCUCAUCGACUUUGGCUCGGCCAGCAUCUUCACUGAGGUCCGCCACAUCAAGGAACCCUACAUCCAAUCCCGCUUCUACAGGGCACCAGAGAUCUUGUUGGGGUUGCCCUUCUGCGAGAAGGUGGACAUCUGGUCUUUGGGUUGCGUGGUGGCCGAGCUUCACUUGGGUUGGCCACUCUAUCCAGGUGUCAACGAGUACGACCAGGUCCGCUACAUCUGCUCCACCUUGGGGCUACCGCGGGGUGAGUUGCUCUGUGCCGCCCGGAAGACGUGGUCCUUCUUCCAACGAGUGCCACAUCCCACCGGUUCCUGGCAGCUCAAACCACCAGACAAAGAGAUGGCAAAGCCAAUCGAGAGGAAGAAGUACGUCUUCUCCUCACUGGAUCAGUUGGCGGCAGUGAACAUCCACCCGGCGUCUUAUUCCAUCCAGGAGGCGCUGGCCGAGCGCUGUGACCUGAACGGGAUGGUGGAGCUGGUCAAGAGGAUGCUCACGUGGGACUCGCACGAGAGGAUCACGCCCAGCGCUGCCCUCAAGCAUCCCUUCAUCUCCUUGCAGGAGGUGAAGUCCAGCUUCGAGGCCACCCGGUACUACCAGCUCUGCCAAGAGGACUUGAGG